UAUAUAAAUAUACAUAUACAUACAAUUACUGUGUUGCAGAUUGCAGUAGUCGAAAUUAAUUAACAUGAAAUCUGAGGAAAUUAAUAAUUACAAUAAUAAUAAUAAUAAUAACGCUAAUUAUUAUUCAAACAGAGAAGGCGAUGAAGAAUUAUAUAGCGUACCUAUAAAUUUCAAACAACUAAUUUCUUCUCCGCUGCCGAAUCCAAAUCCGAGUUUUGAAAUUUUUGAUAGUAUCGUACCAAAUGCGUUUCCGUUACCGAAUAUCGUACCAAAUCUGUUUUCGAUGAAUUGUAUAGAGCCGAUUAGUGUUGAUCAGUCGGAGGAGAAGAAUCUAACGGCGGAAAUGAUGAUGAUAGAUUCAACGAACAACAACACGAAGAUGAUGAUGACGAAGAGAAGGAGAUCGUCUUCGUCGUCGUCGUUGGGGGAAUCGAUUGAGAAGAGGCAAAUUAGAAUGAGUAAGAAUCGAGAAUCGGCUGCAAGGUCCAGAGCCAGAAAACAGGCUUAUAUGAAUGAGUUGGAGCAGAAAGUUGAAAAGUUGAGCCACAUGAAUGAAAAGUUGAGCAACAUGAAUGCCAUUCUUCUACAAGGGGAGAAGGAGGCAGAGAGAGAGGAAGAUUGGUCGGUGGGGAGGAUUACAAAGCUUUCUGCUCCAUACACUAAUUUCCAACCAAUACCAUUACUUACCAAUACCAAGUAUUCGGUUUUUUUUUUUGUUAAAAAUUCUUCUUUAAUAUUUGUACCAAAUAUAAUAUGUUUGGCUCACAAGAGAGCUAGUGGCCAACACAAUGUAAAACUAUAAAAUAAUAUAUAUUCUUUUUUUUUUUUAAUUUAUUUUACAUGUAAUUUUUUUAAAAAAUUAAAUUAUUAAGAAGGAGGUGCAUGGCACCAUCUGCCUCCAUUACCCCAUAUACUGGUUUUUUAACUUUUACGGUAUAAGUUUUUAAAGUGGUUGCAGCCCUAGUUGAAAUAAUGGUU